AUGGCUCAGUUCUAUUACAAAAGAAAUGUGAAUGCCCCCUACAGAGAUCGCAUCCCUCUAAGGAUAGUCCGGGCGGAAUCCGAACUCUCACCAUCAGAAAAAGCCUACUUAAAUGCUGUGGAAAAGGGAGAUUAUGCAAGUGUCAAGAAAUCCCUGGAGGAAGCUGAAAUUUAUUUUAAAAUCAAUAUUAAUUGCAUUGAUCCUCUUGGAAGAACUGCUCUCCUCAUUGCAAUUGAAAAUGAGAACUUGGAGCUCAUCGAACUACUUUUAAGCUUUAAUGUCUAUGUUGGAGAUGCUCUAUUACACGCUAUUAGGAAAGAAGUUGUUGGAGCUGUUGAGCUGUUACUGAAUCACAAAAAGCCCAGUGGAGAAAAACAGGUGCCUCCCAUACUCCUUGAUAAGCAGUUCUCUGAAUUCACUCCAGACAUUACACCAAUCAUUUUGGCAGCCCAUACAAAUAAUUAUGAGAUAAUAAAGCUUUUAGUUCAAAAAGGAGUUUCGGUGCCCAGACCCCACGAGGUCCGCUGUAACUGUGUCGAAUGCGUCUCCAGUUCAGAUGUGGAUAGCCUCCGCCAUUCACGCUCAAGACUCAACAUCUACAAGGCCUUGGCCAGCCCCUCUCUCAUCGCACUGUCAAGUGAAGACCCUUUCCUCACAGCCUUUCAGUUAAGUUGGGAGCUUCAGGAACUGAGUAAGGUGGAGAACGAAUUCAAGUCAGAGUAUGAAGAGCUGUCCCGACAGUGCAAACAGUUCGCUAAGGACCUACUGGAUCAGACAAGGAGCUCCAGAGAACUGGAAAUCAUUCUUAAUUACAGAGAUGACAGUAGUCUCAUAGAAGAACAAAGCGGAAAUGAUCUCGCAAGACUAAAAUUGGCUAUAAAGUACCGGCAAAAAGAGUUUGUUGCUCAGCCCAACUGUCAACAACUGCUUGCAUCUCGCUGGUAUGAUGAGUUCCCGGGCUGGAGGAGACGACACUGGGCAGUGAAGAUGGUGACGUGUUUCAUAAUAGGACUCCUUUUUCCCGUCUUCUCUGUGUGCUAUCUUAUAGCUCCUAAAAGCCCACUGGGACUGUUCAUCAGAAAGCCCUUUAUCAAGUUCAUCUGCCAUACAGCGUCCUAUUUGACUUUUUUGUUCCUGCUGCUGCUUGCCUCUCAGCACAUCGACAGGUCAGACUUGAACAGGCAAGGUCCACCACCAACCAUCGUCGAGUGGAUGAUAUUACCGUGGGUCCUGGGUUUUAUAUGGGGAGAAAUUAAACAAAUGUGGGAUGGUGGACUUCAAGAUUACAUCCAUGAUUGGUGGAAUCUAAUGGAUUUUGUGAUGAACUCCUUAUAUUUGGCAACAAUCUCUUUGAAAAUCGUUGCAUUUGUAAAGUACAGUGCUCUGAAUCCACGAGAAUCUUGGGACAUGUGGCAUCCCACUCUAGUGGCUGAAGCUUUAUUUGCCAUCGCAAACAUCUUCAGUUCCCUGCGCCUGAUCUCACUGUUUACUGCAAAUUCUCACCUGGGGCCUCUGCAAAUAUCUCUGGGAAGAAUGCUCCUGGACAUUUUGAAGUUCCUAUUCAUAUACUGCCUUGUGUUGCUAGCAUUUGCAAAUGGCCUAAAUCAAUUGUAUUUCUAUUAUGAAGAAACAAAAGGGUUAAGCUGUAAAGGCAUACGAUGUGAAAAGCAGAACAAUGCAUUUUCAACGUUAUUUGAGACACUCCAGUCCCUAUUUUGGUCAAUAUUUGGGCUCAUCAAUUUAUAUGUGACCAAUGUCAAAGCACAGCAUGAAUUCACUGAGUUUGUUGGUGCCACGAUGUUUGGGACAUACAAUGUCAUCUCUCUGGUGGUCCUACUCAACAUGUUAAUAGCUAUGAUGAAUAAUUCGUACCAACUCAUUGCUGACCAUGCAGAUAUAGAAUGGAAGUUUGCUCGAACAAAGCUUUGGAUGAGUUAUUUCGAAGAAGGAGGUACUCUGCCCACUCCCUUCAAUGUCAUCCCGAGCCCCAAGUCUCUCUGGUACCUGAUCAAAUGGAUAUGGACACACCUGUGCAAGAAAAAGAUGAGAAGAAAGCCUGAAAGUUUUGGAACAAUAGGGGUAAGAACACAGCAUAGGCGAGCUGCUGAUAAUUUGAGAAGACAUCACCAGUAUCAAGAGGUUAUGCGGAACCUGGUGAAGAGGUAUGUUGCCGCAAUGAUCAGAGAUGCCAAAACUGAAGAAGGUCUGACUGAAGAGAACUUUAAGGAACUAAAGCAAGACAUUUCUAGUUUCCGCUUUGAAGUCCUGGGGUUACUAAGAGGAAGCAAGCUCUCAACCGUCCAGUCGGCUCAGGCCACAAAGGAGUCCUCCAACUCUGCGGACUCGGAUGAAAAGAGUGACAACGAAGGCAGUAGCAAAGACAAGAAAAAGAACUUCAGCCUUUUCGAUUUAACCACCCUGAUUCACCCGCGAUCGGCAGCGAUUGCCUCCGAAAGACACAACAUCAGCAAUGGCUCCGCCCUAGUGGUGCAAGAGCCCCCAAGAGAGAAGCAGAGAAAAGUGAACUUUGUGACCGAUAUCAAAAACUUUGGGUUAUUUCACAGACGGUCAAAACAAAACGCUGCUGAGCAAAAUGCAAACCAAAUCUUCUCUGUUUCAGAAGAAGUUGCUCGUCAGCAGGCCGAAAGACCACUGGAGAGGAAUAUUCAACUGGAAUCCCGAGGGUUAGCUUCGCGGGGUGACUUGAACAUCCCUGGCCUCAGUGAACAGUGUAUCUUAGUAGACCAUCGAGAAAGGAAUACGGACACCCUGGGUUUACAGGUGGGCAAGAGAGUGUGUUCCUUCAAGUCGGAGAAGGUGGUGGUGGAGGACACUGUUCCAAUAAUACCAAAGGAGAAGCACGCAAAGGAAGAGGACUCCAGUAUAGACUAUGAUGGAAACCUCACGGACACAGCCACCCACGAAGAUUAUGUGACCACAAGAUUGUGA